AGCAGCGCGGCGAGGCCCCAGUCGGGGUCGUUUGCGCCUGCGCGCCGCGGGCGGGGCGGAGCGGCCACCAUCUUGGAACGGGAGGCGGAGCAGAGCCGACUGGGAGCGACCGAGCGGGCCGCCACCGCCGCCAUGAACCCCGAAUAUGACUACCUGUUUAAGCUGCUUUUGAUUGGCGACUCAGGCGUGGGCAAGUCAUGCCUGCUCCUGCGGUUUGCUGAUGACACAUACACAGAAAGCUACAUCAGCACCAUCGGGGUGGACUUCAAGAUUCGAACCAUUGAGCUGGAUGGCAAAACUAUCAAACUUCAGAUUUGGGACACAGCUGGUCAGGAGCGGUUCCGGACCAUCACUUCCAGCUACUACCGGGGGGCUCAUGGCAUCAUCGUUGUGUAUGACGUCACUGACCAGGAAUCCUAUGCCAAUGUGAAGCAGUGGCUUCAAGAGAUCGACCGCUAUGCCAGUGAGAAUGUCAAUAAGCUCCUAGUGGGCAACAAGAGUGACCUUACCACCAAGAAGGUGGUGGACAAUACCACAGCCAAGGAGUUUGCAGACUCCCUGGGCAUCCCCUUCCUGGAGACAAGUGCCAAGAACGCCACCAAUGUCGAGCAGGCGUUCAUGACGAUGGCUGCCGAGAUCAAAAAGCGGAUGGGGCCUGGGGCAGCCUCAGGGGGUGAACGGCCCAACCUCAAGAUUGACAGCACCCCUGUAAAGCCAGCUGGUGGUGGCUGUUGCUAGAAGGGGCAUGUGGAGUGGGAUAGGAGGGGGCACCUUCUCCAGAUGAUGCCCCUGGAGGGGACUGGAGGUGCCUCCCACUCCCUCUCUUGGGGCAUUUGAGUCUGUGGCUUUGGGGUGUCCUGAGCUCCCCAUCUCCCUCCGGCCCAUCUGCCUGCUGCCCUGAGCCCUGAUUUUGUCAGGUCUCCCAGGGAGGACACCCAGGACCUGUGGCUAGGGUGGGGCUUGCUCUGCUGCUGCCUCUAGGUUAUUUUAAAAGAUGUCCCACCAUAUACUUUCCUUUGGAAUGAGGGCUCUCUCUCCCUCCUGCCUCCAUGUAUGCUGCACUGGGUUUCUCUCUCUCCCCUUCCUUUUCUCCCUCCUUCCCCAAAGCUGAGGGCCUCCCUGGCCUCUGUUGUUCCUGGCCGCAGUCAGUGCCCAGGGCCAGGAAUAUGGCCAGGGGAUCCAGGACCUGGGAUCCAAGGCCCUGGGCCACCUCAGGACAAGUGUGGGGCCACAGGGGCUCAAGCAGCCUACACUUUCCUCUCCCCACAGCCUUCCCUUGCACCCCUCCCACACUCCCAGCUCCAGCCGUCCAGCUGCAGGGGAUCUGAGCAAGAGGGCAGGUGGGCGGGCAGCCUUGCUGGGCCUGUGUCUUGAGCCCAGAGGGAGCCUGCUCCUGCUGCCCCCUGCCCUGCCAGAGCCAGGCCCAUGCACUGCCUGCCUACCAUGCCCCUUUGUCCCCGUGGCAGGCAGAGGCAGAAGGCCCACCGUAAGAGAGGCCUGGGCACCAGCCUUAAACCUCACUCUGCCAGCACCUCCUCCCUCCCUGAGGCAGCACACCCAGCUUACUCUCCCUUCCAUACUUUGGAGCCUAGUGGGGCAUAUCCUCAGCUCCUGCCACUACUCUGGGGAAUGUGGGUUGGGGGACUUAUGCUUGCCCCCUUCCCACCCAGGAUCCUAGCCCCCUGCCCUCUGGCACAACUGCUUUCUGCAGAAAAACAAAUCUUUGGUCUCUACCUAAGAAGCCAUGUUCCUUGUGCUGUCUCUUGCCUGCCCACCUGUGCCCUGCCCUUCAGCUUGUAUUUAAGCCCCUGGGCUGCCCCUUGGGGUGUCCUCUGCUCCCAGAUUCCCCUCUGGUGUUAUGUCAGGCAUUUUGCAAGGAAAAGCCACUUGGGGGAAGAUGGAAAAGGACAAAAUAAAAAUAAAUUUCCACUGGCCCUCGGGUGAGCCGAGGGUUUUUGCAAGGAAA